AUGUGUGGGCUGCUGUUUAUACCUGCCCUGCUGGGCGAAACGUUCUGGUCGGCUGCGAUUUUGUCAGCUUUGGGUGCAACCCUUGGCGUGAUCGUCGAGCUUGAUCACACGACUUCUGUAAUUAUCUCCGCUUGCAUUGCGUUGCUCUACACCCUCUUCGGUGGCCUAUAUUCUGUGGCCUACACUGAUGUGGUUCAACUUUUCUGCAUUUUUGCGGGCCUGUGGAUCUCUCUGCCAUUUGCUCUGCUGAACAAAGCAACCGUACCGAUUUCGCAAACAUGGGAUCGGUGGAAAGGCAGUGUGGAGGCGGUGGACGCUGGUAUCUAUGUGGACAACUUGCUCAUGCUGACGUUUGGUGGAAUUCCGUGGCAAGUUUAUUUUCAGCGGGUGCUAUCCUGCAGAACAGCGAAACAAGCUCAAAUUCUCAGUUUCGUCGCGGCAAUCGGUUGCCUUAUAAUGGCUCUACCAUCCGUGCUUAUUGGUGCCGUGGGAGCUAGCACAGAUUGGAACAUGACAGGCUACGGGAGAGCAGAAAACUUUACCAUUCCAGACGGAGAGGCAAAGCUCGUGCUGCCACUCGUACUGCGUUACCUAUGUCCAGUGUGGGUAUCAUUUGUAGGAUUGGGCGCUGUCUCCGCCGCCGUCAUGUCCUCGUCCGACUCCUCCGUCUUGUCGGCCGCAUCCAUGUUUGCUCGAAAUGUUGUGAAACCGGUCUUCUGGCAGUCUGCCACCGAACGUCAAAUCAUUUGGGUCAUGCGCGUCAGUAUAUUUGGCGUUGGCGCUUUGUCCUGCUUGUUGGCUAUAUGCAUCCAAUCGAUCUACGGCUUGUGGUAUCUCUGCUCGGAUCUCAUUUAUGUUAUCUUGUUCCCCCAACUCAUUUGUGUGCUCUACGUCCGCUUCUCAAAUACCUACGGAUCUCUGGUCGGCUACAUCCUCGGGCUCUUCGUCAGACUGACUUCCGGUGAGGCACUGCUAGGCCUUCCAGCUUUGUUCAAAUAUCCCUACUUUUACGACGAUCCGCGCGAUUUCUACCAACGAUUUCCGUGCAAGACUUUCGCCAUGCUGUGCACACUCGUGGUCACAAUCCUGGUCUCCUACUUUACAGAUUUGUAUUUCCGAAAGGAUUCCAAACGUUUAAAGUACGAUUUCUUUCACUGCUACAAACAACGCGCCUCAGCCAGCGGAUCGAUCCACAUUGGAAACCGGUUUAACCGCCCAUCCAUUCGAACUGCGAAACUUCCGAUACAGGUGCCUGAGGUUGACUCAGAAAACGGGGAUGUCGAUGAUAACAGCGAUAAGAAUUCUAACAUUCUGGCUAACAAUAAACCGUCGGUCUAA